AUGGCUUCUCGACCUGAACUAGAGGACCAGAAAUCCACAGGAUCCACAGAGAAGCACAAAGAGGAUCAACUCAGUGAUAACUCAGAGACAGAAGAGAAGGCUUUAUCCAUGGCACCGGCCCAUUCCACUGUGGCCCUGGUAGAGACGGGGUGUGAGGGGGAGGACGACCCGUGGGACUUACCAGAACUACAGGACGGGGCGGCAGCAUGGUCAGAUCUAGACACCAUGGGGAAGGUGUUGAGGGUGGUGACGUCGACAGGGAAGGGACUUCUGCUGCUGGGGCUCCUGUACAUGUUCAUCUGUUCACUAGACAUCCUCAGCUCUGCCUUCCAACUGGUCGGAGGUAAAGCAGCAGGGGACAUCUUCACAGAGGGCUCAGUGCUGUCUAACCCUCUGGCUGGUCUGGUCAUAGGAGUACUGGUCACUCUGCUGGUUCAGAGCUCCUCUACCUCCUCUUCUAUAGUGGUCAGCAUGGUCUCCUCUGGACUGUUACAGGUCCAGAUGGCUGUUCCUGUCAUCAUGGGAACCAACAUCGGAACCUCCGUCACCAACACGCUAGUUGCCAUGACGCAGGCUGGCGACCGCAACAAGUUCCGCAGGGCCUUUGCUGGGGCUACAGUGCACGACUUCUUCAACUGGCUGUCUGUGCUGGUCCUCCUGCCUCUGGAGGUGGCGUCGGGCUACAUGUACGAGCUGACCAAGCUGCUGGUGGACUCCUUCAACAUCCAGAGUGGAGAGAAGACUCCAGAACUCCUCCAUGUCAUCACCGACCCUCUCACAAAGGCAAUCAUCGAGUUGGACAAGUCAGUCAUCAGUGGUAUUGCCAUAGGAGACCCGGCUGCCAGGAAUAAGAGUCUCAUCUUAAAAUGGUGCAAAACAUUCACCAAUGUGACCCUGAGGAAUGAGACGGUCCCUGGGCCAGAGAACUGCACCUCCCCAGCCCUCUGUUGGUGUUCCCCGGACCUCUGCUACACUCUACAUAACAUAUCAGAGACCUACAACAUACAGACAUGUAAUCAUGUCUUUGUGAACGUGGACCUGUCGGACCUGACGAUAGGUCUGAUCCUGCUGGCUCUGUCUCUGCUGGUGCUGUGUUCCUGUCUCAUCCUCAUCGUCAAGCUGCUCAACUCCAUGCUCAAGGGACAGGUGGCCGUGGUCAUCAAGAAGAUCCUCAACACAGAUUUCCCGUUCCCCUUCGGCUGGGUGACUGGUUACAUCGCCAUGCUGGUCGGAGCUGGAAUGACCUUCAUCGUCCAGAGUAGUUCUGUAUUCACCGCCGCUAUCAACCCACUCAUUGGUAUUGGUGUGAUCAGCAUCGAGAGGGCGUACCCUCUGUCGCUAGGGGCCAACAUCGGCACGACGACCACGGCUAUACUGGCAGCCAUGGCAGCACCUGGAGACACACUGGCCAAAGCUCUACAGAUCGCUCUGAUCCACUUUGUGUUCAACGUGUCUGGUAUCAUCUUGUGGUAUCCAAUCCCCUUUACCCGUAUCCCCAUCCGAUUGGCUAAGGCCCUGGGUAACAUCACGGCAGAGUAUCGCUGGUUCGCCGGCGUCUACAUCAUUUCCUGCUUCUUUCUCCUGCCCCUCUUCGUCUUCGGCCUAUCGAUGGCCGGCUGGAAGGUGCUGGUUGGUGUGGGUGUCCCCAUAGUGGCCUUGUUGAUCAUCAUCAUUAUAGUGAACGUGCUCCAGGCACGGCUGCCCAGCUGUCUCCCCGCAGUACUGCACUCCUGGGACUUCCUGCCUCUCUGGGCCCACUCCUUAGAACCCUGGGACCGCGCGGUCGCCGUGGUAGCCGCCAAAUGCUGCUGCUGCUGCAAGGGCUGCCGGACCGGACAGGAGGAGGAGGAGGAGGAGGAGGAGGAGGAGGAGGAGAAGAAAGGAGGAGGGCAUUUCCUGGAGAUGUACGACAACCCUGCCGUGACGAACGGUGUUGACUGGGAGAAAAAGAUGGAGGACAAAGAGGAUGUCUUGAAAGCAACGCAGCUUUGA